AUGGAUAACAUGUCUUAUCCUGUGAUACUGACACUUAUGGUGCCAAAAGAAACUAAACUAUAUAGACAUAUAUAUUUUAUUUGUUUUCUUGUCUUAUAUCUCCUAAUAUUGUCUAUUAAUAUUUGUCUUGUUAUGGUCAUUAUCAUAGAGAAAGUUCUUCAUGAACCAAUGUACAUCUUCUUAUGUCAUCUGUGUAUAAAUGGUGUUUAUGGAGCAACAGGAUUCUACCCUAAAAUACUGUCUGAUUUAAUAUUGGAUUCAUAUGUGAUUUCCUCUCACAUGUGUGCUCUGCAAACCUAUGUUAUCUACAGUUCUUUACUGUCUGAGAUCACAAUAUUAACAGUGAUGUCUUACGAUAGAUAUGUAGCCAUAUGUAAACCUUUAGAUUAUCAUUCCAGACUAACCAAAAAUACCUGUGUGAAAUUAAUUCUGUUCUCAUGGAUUGUUCCCACCAGCUUCUCAGUUGCAUCAAUCCUGUUGUCAAAUUUGAGGGCUUUUUGUAAAUAUCACAUUGACAAGUUAUAUUGUGACAACUGGUCGAUUGUAAAACUGUCUUGUGUAUCAUCUUUUGUUAAUAACGUCUUUGGAUAUGGUAUCGCUGUAAUAUUUUUUAGCUUUGUAGUUCUUAUUAUAUUUUCCUACAUUAAACUGGUCGCUGCAUGUAAAGCAUCUUUAGAAAACAGAAAGAAAUUCUGGCAAACAUGUCUGCCACACAUAUUUUCACUGAUUAAUUUUACUUUUGCUUUUCUUUUUGAUUUUAUGUACAAUAGAUAUGGUUCAAAAGACAUUCCAGAGAGUUUGCGGCAUUUUUUAGCUUUAGAGCUGGUGAUUGUUCCACCUCUGUUUAAUCCUCUAAUGUAUGGGUUAAAUAUUCGAGCAGUGCGCAAAAGAGUUUUUACUUCAUGUGGGGCAGCAAAAGUAAACAUUUUGGAAAAAGUCCACAAAUUUAUUAUGCAUUAA